AGUAGUAGAAAUGGAGAGGAAACGCAUGGAAGAAGGGCUGUUAACAGGAAGCUAUGAAUCCCCAAAUGAAACAAAACCAAGUAGAAAUGGUGCUGGAGGUGACAGUCUUAACGACAACCUUAACGUGCCAUCACUUCUGUCGGCUUCCGCAUUGACACCUAUUCUCUUCUUUAGCACGUUUGUUGCUGCAUGCGGCUCUUUAUGCAUCGGCAGUUCUGUUGGUUACUCAUCGCCAGCGGAGAAUGGGAUCAUGCAAGAUUUGGGCCUCUCUCUGCCAGCAUACUCUGUUUUUGGUUCAAUAUUGACAAUUGGAGGAAUGGUGGGAGCAAUUCUAAGUGGGAAGAUAGCGGAUCUUAUCGGUAGAAAACGUACAAUGUGGUUCUCUGAUGUCUUCUGCACUGCUGGGUGGCUAUCAAUAGCAUAUGCAGAGAAUGCCUUUUGGAUUGACAUUGGAAGGCUUUUCAUCGGUAUCGGAGUUUCCAUUCUUUGUUAUGUGGUACCUGUUUAUAUAGCUGAAAUAACACCUAAAAGUCACCGGGGUUCCUUUGCAUCAUCAAAUAUGUUGAUGUCAGUUUCUGGUGUUACACUUAUGUUUUACAUUGGAACCUUCAUUUCAUGGCGCUCCCUAGCUAUGAUCGGUGCAAUCCCCAGUGUACUACAGAUCAUUGGCUUGUUUUUCAUUCCAGAGUCCCCUAGGUGGCUGGCAAAAUCUGGUCAAGAAAUAGAGUUUGAAGCUUCCUUGAAGCGUCUUAGGGGAGCCUCGGAUAUUUCUGAAGAAGCAGCUGUUAUCAAAGAUUAUAUGGAAACUCUAGAGCCUCAGACAGAAGCAAGUUCCCUUGAAUUAUUCAAAAGGAAAUAUGCUAAUUCACUCAUUGUUGGAGUUGGUCUAAUGUUAUUGCAACAACUAGGAGGAAGCGGAGCUGUGUCAUAUUAUGUUGGUAGCAUAUUGGAAGAAGCAGGUAUAUCUAGUAGUCUUGGCCUUCAAGUUUUAUCCUUUGUACAGAUUCCAGCAGGUAUUUUAGGUUUAUUUUUAAUGGAUAGAUCCGGUAGACGACCGCUUCUAAUGGUUUCUGCAAGUGGAAUAUGUUUCUCUUACAUUCUCCUGGGACUGUCAUUCUGCUUUAAGGAACUUCCCAAUCUGCACCCAUUUACUCCGUUUCUAUGCCUUGCCGGCGUAUUGGUCGGUGCUAUAGCUUUCCCAAUAGGCUUAGCAGGAAUACCAUGGAUCAUAAUGUCAGAGAUAUUUCCUAUAAAUGUUAAAGCUCAAGCUGGAAGCCUGGUGACUCUAGUCAAUUGGUCCACUGCUUGGAUCAUUACUUACAGUUUCAAUUUUAUGAUGGAAUGGAGCUCAGCAGGAACAUUUUUCAUUUUCGCCGGAAUCUCAGGCUUAACUGUUGUAUUCGUCGCCAAAUUGGUGCCGGAGACAAAAGGAAGAACACUGGAAGAAAUACAAGCAUCGAUCAUUAGUUUUAUGUAA